AUGCACCCGAAAAGCCGCCGCGAUUUUGCAAUAGCCAUUAUUUGUGCACUUCCUGUGGAAGCUGACGCUGUGGAAGGACUUUUCGAUGAAACCUACGACCGGUUGGGAAGAUCCUACGGAAAACAGCCCGGAGAUACGAACGCAUAUAUCAACGGAAGGAUCGGCCAUCAUAAUGUUGUUCUGUGUUAUAUGCCAGGAAUGGGAAAAGACAGCGCAGCAAGCGUGGCCUCUACCCUUCGCAUCAGCUACACUGCAAUCCAGGUUGCACUGAUUGUUGGGAUCUGUGGCGGAGUACCAUCACCGUCCCCUGGUAGGCAGAUCUACCUAGGUGAUGUUCUUAUUAGCGAUUCCGUGGUUGCAUACGAUUUCGGUAGACAAUACCCGGCUGGUUUUCGGAGAAAGACAAAUGUCAAGGACACAUUGGGAAGGCCAAAUCUAGAGAUUCGAUCUCUUCUCGCCGGCCUCAAAGCAAGUCGAUCCCAAACUGAAUUUCAACAUCAGAUAAAGGAGAGACAAGAUGGCAGCACCCAGGACGCUUCUUAUCUUCACAAGCAUCACCCACAAUUCUCACCUAGCCGAUGUGGCUGCUCCGCUGAUGACUCGCCCUAUAAUAUAUGUGAUGGGGCACUGGAGAUAGAAUGUUACGAUCUCGGGUUUGAUGAUAACCGAGUUAUUCGUCAACGAAACGAUACAACAAUAACCAAACCCUCCGUGCACAUUGGAACAAUCGCGUCCGCUGACACAGUGAUGAAGUCUGGAGAGCAUCGCGAUGCAAUAACAAGAGAAGAGAGAGUUCUUGGGUUUGAAAUGGAGGCGGCAGCAGUGUGGGAUAACAUUCCAUGUAUCAUCAUCAAGGGAAUAUGUGAUUAUGCAGAUAUGCAUAAAACCAAAGCGUGGCAAUGUUACGCAGCAGCAACUGGAGCUUCAGCAAGGCCUUUUUGGGAUACUGGAGACCUGUUGGCACAGGUGUGUCUAUCUCUUAGCUCCCAAGCAAAUGACGAAAGCAACCAAACUCCCCCUAUAAUGGUUGAUGAGCAAAGUAUCCGGACCGUACAGGGGUCAGAGGGGAAAUCGACAGCCCUACAGGAGCACACGUCCACGAAGGGAAUCUCGACUACCGGUCUGGUCAAUGAUACAAAGCUGCGCCAGGUAGAAACGCUUGGAUCUCUGCAAACACUAGGCGAUGCUCUUUACUGUCAAGCAAUGUAUGGUGAAGCUGAGAGAUCAUACCGGGUCUCCUGGAACGGCCGCAGGCGAAUCCUUGGGGGGAUCCACUCAGACACACUCAGGUCUCGUAAUAGUUUAGGGGAUGCUCUCUACAGGCAAGGGAAGUAUGCUCUAGCCGAGACAACAUACCGGGACGCCUGGGACGGCCGCAAGAAAACCCUUGGGGACGACCACCCAGACACACUUAUGUCUCUCCAUUGGGUUGGUCAGGCUCUCUAUUCUCAGGAGAAGUACGUCCAAGCGCAAGCACCAUACCGAGACGCCUGGGAGGGACAAAAGCGAGUACUUGGUGAGAAACACGCAGACACGUUAGCUUCUUUCCAUGGACUAGAGGAUGCUCUCCGUAAGAGUCCCUUCGCUCCAAAAAAGAAAGCGCCAACACCGAAAGGAAUUACCACAACGUUGAGGAGUGUAACGAAAUGUUUCCCUUAUCAAUGCACAUAUGCGAAUCUCUUUCACAUUCCCUCUGUCAACACUACAUUUCGAGAGCUAAAGCUCCUACUUCCGUAG